UUCAACGUCCUGGAGGAGCCUGGCUAGUGGCAGCUCCCGCGCUUGGCAGCGGCCAAACGGUCGCAGAGACCUGGCCCCGAGGUGUCCCACUGUGUGGUUAGGGGUGAGAAAGAGCCCGGGCUGGGAGAGCCGGGACGUGGCUUCCAGCGGUGGCCCCACUGCUUCCUUGCUUCGCGCUGUCAUAUCCUGGCAUUCAGCCUGCUUUUCCUUUUAAGAAUCGGACGCUUUCCGUGCCCCUUCCAUACUGUACCACAGGUGGUGUUUGUAGAGGCUUUGCCGCUUUUCAGAAAGAAGGCUUCUUAUCUAAAACUUGCUAGGACCAGGCUGACCAGAGGGAUCAGCGUCUACCCCUUGUGCCUCGAACAGAUCUGACCGUCCGAAGGACGAAGGAGCAGCCUGUGAGCACUUGUGCUAAGGAGUUCUUGAUCAGAAUGGCUUCAGGACGGUUUUACCUGUUCUGCAUGGUCCUGGGGUCCCUGGGAUCAAUGUGCAUCCUCUUCACCGCCUAUUGGAUGCAGUACUGGCGUGACGGCUUUGCCUGGGAUGGCAGUGUGCACAUGUUCAACUGGCACCCUGUGCUCAUGGUCUCUGGCAUGGUGGUGCUCUAUGGAGCUGCCUCGCUGGUGUACCGCCUGCCCUUGUCAUGGGUAGGGCCCAAACUGCCCUGGAAAGUUCUCCAUGCAGCACUGCACCUGCUGGCCUUCACCUUCACCGUUGUGGGGUUAGUUGCUGUCUUUCAGUUCCACAACCAUUCAAAAAUCACACACCUCUAUUCCCUGCAUAGCUGGCUGGGCAUCACCACUGUCAUCUUCUUCGCCUGUCAGUGGUCCCUGGGCUUUGCCAUCUUCCUGCUGCCCUGGGCAUCUCAGUGGCUGCGAAGCCUCCUGAAACCUGUGCAUGUCUACUUUGGAGCCUGCAUCCUUUCCCUGUCCAUCACAUCUGUUAUUUCCGGCAUCAAUGAGAAGCUUUUCUUUGUUUUGAAAAAUGUCACCAAACCCUACUCCAGCCUGCCUAGUGAGGCAGUCUUUGCCAACAGCACUGGGAUCUUGGUUGUGGCUUUUGGCCUGCUGGUUCUCUAUGUUCUUCUGGCUUCACCAUGGAAACGUCCAGAUCCAGGAGCUCUGACUGACAGACAGCCCCUGUUGCAUGACAGGGAGUGAAGCGGGCGGUGCACUCUGCUCCCUCAGAAACUCUUCUAUACUUGGAGCUCCUGGUUCAUUUCAGCAACCGACUUCUCUUGGACUACAGACAAACUUACUACUACAGUUCCUGGCCUGCUCUCUCCAGCUGCUUGCUGUCCAUCUGCUUUUCUUGAUGGCAUUUUUUCAAGGGCCACCUUGCCUUGGUAAUUCAUGUCUCUCCUGCUGGUCUGAAGAAUGGGCUGCCUUCUCCUCACCACUCCCAGGGAUGUGGUAGAAGUCAAAGCAGAGGCUCAAAUGUAGUUCAUACAGGCAAGGUAGAAAGGCUGCUGUUUGUGGGAGCAUUUGUGUACAUUGGCAGGCUUCCUCUGCUGUGUCCUGGAUGUGCAUUUGGUGGGCAGAGACGCUGGGAAGUACUCGUAGGACAGUGUCCGCAGGAGGCUUUGCAGGAGUCAGGUCACUCAGCUGCUCUGCUCACUGUGACACACUGUGUUGUGUGUGUCGUGACUAUGCCUCCCUUUCUUCUAGUUGCUGCUUCAGCUGCUGCCUGGAUCCCGCCCUUUCCCUGUGACUUACAUGCCUGUCCCCCUCAGGCAACCCUAUGAGCCCUGGUAAACUGUUCUCCCAUGAACAAAGAGUCUGACCCUAGAGUCCCAAGUGAUGAGUAACAGGUUUCUGUGGCCUUCCUUUCUGUCCCCUUGUGGGUAUAGGCUUUUGUGCCUCUUUUAGUCACGCUCUUCCCUGACAGGGUCCAGCCCACUAAGAAAUUGAAACCAGCAUUAUGAAGCAAUUUUCUUAGCAGAGAUCUGGGAGCCACCACUGCCUUCAGAGGUGUUCCUUACUGAGUACUGGGUGCUUUUGUCCCUCCACCCCCUCCAUGGUAUGCCAGAGUGUGAGCUUUGCCUUUCUCCUGAAUAGAAACUGCGUAGAAGGGACGAAUCUUGCCCCUCUGCUUCGUAUUAGCCUGUGGCACAUCAUACCUUCUCAGAUAAGCCCUGCACAGUCCCUUGCAGACUGCUGUACUUAGCAGACCAAUAGGAGGAGUUGGGUUCCUGACUCCUUGCAGAUAGGCUGAACUUCAACCCUGUGGCCAGAAGUUGGCAGGAGGGCUGCCAUGGAUUUCCUGACCAAAUGAAGCCUGCACAUCGUUGAUCCUGUGGGGCACCUUGGACAAGACCAGGUCCCCUGGUUUGCUCAUGAGUUUGCUACUUCUUCAUGAAUCUGAUUUUUAUUAAAUGUGUUUUUAAACACUAAAA